GCAUCAGAAAAUAUCAUUCGCUCGGACUCGGCUUCAGUGGCAAAGGUAGUGGGUUUGUUAUAAUUUUAAGUGAAAUUCCCGUUGUUAGUUGAUUGCUAUUUAGUCCAAAUAGCUUGAUAACGUAAAGCGCUGUUGACAAAAGCAAGUUUCCGCCAGUUAGUAUUUAGUGAGAAGUGUUACUUGUGUGGAAAAAUCAAUUUGGAAAAUUAGCUUGGUUCAUUGAUCGGCAUCAUGGCGGCUACGAAAGAUAUAAAAUCGUUUUUCUACGAAUGGUGCCAGAAAACUUCCUCAUCCCCUUCAUUUGAAGUGAGGCCGACAGGGCCAAAGAACCGUCAACGGUUUCUGUGCGAAGUGCGCAUCCCUUCAGUGGCCUAUGUUGGUGCCGGUAACUCAACCAACAAGAAGGACGCCGAACGCAACGCUGCCCGGGACUUUGUUAACUAUCUGGUGCGUUCGGGAAAGGUUGCCUCAUCGGAUGUGCCCUCGGAUAACGAUAAUGGAGCAGCUGCUGGUGGCGGCGGCGGCACUGAUGGUGCUCCUUCAUCCGGAGGGCCACCGUCGUUGAUGAACAUUAAUCCGGCCAAUGUGUUCAAGGGUGGCUUCGGCCCCUCGGAUCUUGGUCAAGCGUACAGACCGUUCGUGCGGGACAAUACGUACAAUCCUUCGAAGGAGGAGCUGGCCGAGCAGGCAGCCAUCAUGGAGUCGGCUGAAUCGUUGGACGUUAACGCAGGAAUCCACGGCAAUUGGACAAUUGAAAAUGCAAAACCCAAGCUAAACCAAUGGCUGCAGAUGAACAAAAUGAACCCGGAAUAUAAGUACACCGCCGUUGGGCCGGAUCAUAACAGGAGCUUCAUGGCCGAAUUGACUAUUUAUGUCAAGCAAUUGAACCGAGGCAUCACCGGACGUGAGUCCGGAUCGAACAAACAAUCGGCCAGCAAGUCUUGUGCCCUUUCUCUGAUCCGCCAGAUGUUCCACUUGGGUGUUAUCGAGGCAUACGGAGGCAACCUGAAAACUGCGAAGAACCAGGAACAACUGAAGCCGUAUCCUGUUCGCAUUUCACAACAAUUGGAGCAACGCAUCGAGCGGUGUUUGCAAGACGUCGAAAUCCAACCGGUCAACAUUGAACAAAAGGGAGACCCUACCGAGCCGAUCAAUUUGUUGCAUCCAUCGGAUGACGUGCAUUUCAAGCCGCAAUCGGUGAAUCUGAAUCAACAAGCGUCGGUUAUUCCGUGGUCUCCACCGGUGCCGAACUGGAACCCAUGGACUGCGUGCAACAUCGACGAGGGCUAUUUGGCCACGGCAACGUUGGACCAGUUGAGUGAUGAUUUGAUGAACGGAGCACGAGAACGUGCUCAGCAGGACCAGGAAUUGCAGGAGCGAAUGCGAGCUCGGUCAGAGCUCCCCAUUGCGAAAAUGCGAAAUCAGAUUAUGGAAGCAAUCAAUGAGCAUCCAGUUGUGCUUAUUCGUGGCAACACCGGUUGUGGCAAGACAACACAAAUCGCCCAAUUUAUUUUGGAAGACUACAUUAAUUCCGGACAGGGAGCGUACUGCAACGUUGCUGUAACUCAACCAAGGAGAAUUAGUGCCGUCAGUGUUGCAGAACGAAUCGCCAACGAACGGUGCGAGAAUCUGGGUGAGGCAGUUGGUUAUUCAGUGCGAUUUGAAUCAGUUUUGCCAAGACCGUACGGUUCGAUCAUGUUUUGUACGAUUGGAGUUUUGCUGAGGAAGUUGGAAGCCGGAUUACGUGGUGUGUCUCACGUCAUUGUGGACGAGAUUCACGAGCGCGACGUCAACAGCGAUUUCAUCUUGGUCGUGCUGCGUGAUAUGUUGCACACCUAUCCGGAUCUGCGUGUUAUUCUCAUGUCCGCAACCAUCGAUACGACAUUGUUCUCCGACUACUUUGGAAAUUGUCCUUGCAUUGAAGUUGUGGGACGGACUUUCCCCGUUGAACAGUUCUACUUGGAAGACUGUAUCCAACUGGUGAGCUUUGUUCCACCCAUUGACAACAAAAAGCGUAAGCGCGGUGGAAACAGCGGAAACGAUGAUGAUGAAGGCGGUGAAGAUACCACAGUCAAGAUCACCGGUGAAGCAGACACUUCCAAUCUGAACACAGUGAUUGAUGAGAAUAAAUACUCCGUUCAGACGAAAAACGCCAUGGCUCGCCUCUCGGAAUCGGAAGUGUCGUUUGAGUUGAUUGAAUCAUUGCUGAAUUUUAUCGAUACGCAAAACGUGCCCGGAGCUGUGCUUGUUUUCUUGCCGGGUUGGAAUCUCAUUUUCGCACUUAUGAAGUAUCUGCAGAGCAAGCCACAGUUUGGCGGAUCGAAAUGUAUUAUUUUACCGCUGCACUCGCAGCUGCCACGUGAGGACCAACGUAAGGUGUUCGACCAUUUUGGAAACGUGAGGAAAGUCAUCCUGGCGACGAACAUUGCCGAAACGUCGAUCACCAUCGACGAUGUGGUAUUCGUGAUCGAUGUCUGCAAGGCGCGAAUGAAGCUGUUUACUUCACACAACAACAUGACCAGCUAUGCCACGGUUUGGGCCGCCAGGACUAAUUUGGAGCAGAGAAAAGGUCGUGCUGGUCGUGUCCGCCCUGGAAAGUGCUUUACACUUUGCUCUCGCGCGCGGUUCCAAAAGUUGGACGAACACAUGACACCGGAGAUGUUCCGCACUCCGCUGCACGAGUUGGCUUUGAGCAUCAAGCUGCUCCGGCUAGGUUCGAUCGGACAGUUCCUGUCGAAAGCCAUCGAACCGCCGCCACUGGAUGCCGUUAUCGAGGCGGAAGUUAUGCUGAAGGAGAUGAAGUGUUUGGAUGCUGCCGAAGAGUUGACCCCGUUCGGGCGCAUCCUGGCUCGUUUGCCCAUCGAGCCCAGACUGGGUAAGAUGAUGAUCUUGAGUACGCUGUUCGGAGUGUGUGACCCGGUCGCUACGAUGGCCGCUUUUUCGGGAACGUUCUCGGAAAUCUUUCAACUGGACGUUGGACAGCGUCGUUUGAUGACCCAUCAGAAAGCUCUCAGCGGAAAGAGGAACUCGGACUACGUUGCCAUGUUGACUGCAUACAGAAUGUGGAGCGACAAACGUCGUCGCAGUGAGGAAGCAGAAAUUCAAUUCUGCGAAUGGAAGGGACUGCAGAUGUCCACACUUCGUGUCAUGUCGGAAGCCAAACGUCAACUACUGGAGCUGCUCUCACAGGCCGGCUUUCCCGAAGAAACUAUGAUUGAAAUGGGUUUCGAUCAAGACGAUGACGAUCCACGGCUGGAUAUGGCUUUGUCGCUUCUCUGUGUCGGACUCUAUCCAAACCUUUGCGUUCACAAGGAGAAACGCAAAGUGCUGACCACGGAAUCAAAAGCCGCGUUGAUUCACAAGACCUCAGUCAAUUGCAGCAACUUGCAGGUUACGUUCCCUUAUCCGAUGUUUGUGUUCGGGGAGAAGAUUCGUACCAGAGCGGUCUCCUGCAAACAGAUGUCGAUGGUGGCCCCGAUCCAUAUCCUGCUGUUCGGUAGCAAGAAAGUUGAAUGGGUCGAUAACAUGGUCCGCAUCGACAACUGGAUGAACUUCGAAAUGGAUCCGCACCAAGCUGCGCUGAUUGUUACCCUUCGGCCAGUGCUGCAGGAUCUCUUGAUUAGGGUCUCGGAAAAUCCCGAUGAAGCCAAUGCUCUGGAAGAGCGUUAUCAGAACUUGAUCGAUGUGGUUAAGGAUCUGUGUGCGUUCAGCGCAGGUGAUGAGGGAAUUAGGCGAGAAACCGGUUUAACGCCAUUGGAUCAGGCCCGGUCCAAUAUGAACAAAUUCCCUCGUUCGGAUAAUGGCGGCGGCGGUAAUCGGUUCGGAAAUGGUGGUCCUCGCUUCAACAACGGUGGAGGCGGAGGUGGUGGAUUCGGCGGAAACCGCGGUGGAUAUGGUGGUGGAUAUGGCGGUGGGUAUGGCGGUGGGUAUGGCGGAAAUCGGGGAGGUUAUGGCGGAAAUCGAGGCGGCUAUGGAGGAGGAAGUUUUGGUGGCGGCCGUCGUUGGUAAUUUAAAGUCUUACUAAAUAUCACAUGUUGUAAUCCAGAUAUUGCACCUUAAAAGGAUAAUUUUUAAACACUUUUCCUAUGUUCAAUUUAAACAAGAGUGAAAUAGUUGUAGCGGUAAAUGAGCAAGUGUUAAAUACUUGACAAUGAUGUAUGACCAUAAUAAUUUGAAAUGACGAUAUUUGGAUAGCUGCAAUAUCCAUAUGUACUACUGUAUGUCAUGCCAAUAAUUGCGGCAUUUAUUAUUGGUAAAAAAAAGAAAUUAAAUUAUAUCUUCGAACUUAAUAGAA